CCCGGCGACUAGGUGAAGGUGAGAGUCUCCUCCAGCGCCGCGGCCAGACCAACCCAGAGGCUCCCGGCGCAGGCUGCAGGCUCUCAGCCAAGUCCUACUCUCUAGCUAUGGCGCGGCCGUCAAUCUUUGCUGAGGUCCCGCAGGCUCAGCCCGUCCUUGUCUUUAAGCUCACUGCUGACUUCCGGGAGGAUCCGGACCCCCGCAAGGUCAACCUGGGAGUGGGAGCUUAUCGUACAGAUGAUUGCCAGCCCUGGGUUCUGCCUGUAGUGAGGAAGGUGGAGCAGAAGAUUGCCAAUGACAAUAGCCUAAACCAUGAGUACCUGCCCAUCCUGGGCCUGGCCGAGUUCCGGACCUGUGCUUCCCGCCUUGCUCUUGGGGAGGACAGCCCAGCAAUCAAGGAGAAUCGGGUGAGUUUUUCUUUAGCAACUGUGAAAGUAAAAAAAGGGGGGGGGGGAAGGAAAAGAAAAGAAAAAAAGGUAGAAAAUUCCACUUAUUUCAAGUUCUAGGUAUUAUGUUUAUUGAACUGUUAGUGCAGGAGGUUUAAGUGGUAGGCCCCUGACCCGACAGUGCACAUCACAUGGCCAUCCAG